UUUUGAUCUGGCCUUGCUCGGGGAUGCGCAGUUUCUGGUGAAUUGCAGGGUCUUCUGUAAAGAAGGACUGACUGACCUUGAACUAGCUUACGGGCGGUGAACAUUGGGUAUUUUGGUAGGCUUUUACUGUUAUUUCAACUCAGCGAGAAAACAGUUCGUCGCUCAAGUUGCUUCGUUUCUUGAUCAUCCGUUUGAGUUGUGGGGAACACAUCGCCACGAAAAUUUUCCAGUGAUGGUUUUGGUUGUAUCAAACAAGAAACGCGUACGAAUGCGGAUGCACAGGCUACUGCUCGCAUACGGUGCGUUCUUGCUGAUAGCACAGCAUUGCUUUCCUAACGGCGUGACGUCGUUGUCCUUACAAUAUACACCGACAGUGGCAACGCACCGUUCACGUCUAUCGCUUGCGAAUUGCGACGUCCAAGAGGAUCCGGAGAGUCUUGGCGAGUCUAAAGUGGUGGUCGUGGUGGGUGCGGGGGUGGCAGGGUUGGCCGCCGCAUGGACCUUGCUGCAACAGCCGCAGCAGUCAACUAGAGGAAUCGCUACGCAUUCAGAAUUCCGUGACGAAAAAGAGCAUCCACUGAAAGUCUUGGUACUGGAAGCAAAGGAUCGGGUUGGUGGAAGACUUUGGUCCGUGCCAAUGAGUCAGGGCACAACUACCACGAAGCUCGGUGAAAAUGCGAACACUUCGACAGUACGUCAGCAGCAGACGAACGAGGCAACCAUUGUGGACCUUGGUGGCAUGUACUGGCACGGCGACUCGCCCGUGCUUCAACAUCUGCAAAGUUGCUUUCCGACCUUUGAAACGGUAGCUUCGGGAGGAACUUCUCAGCAUCCUGGUAGAAGUGGAGCCCAAUGGUUGAUGUACGAUGAAAAUGGAAAUCUACAGCCGUUACCCCUCAACGAACAAGCCCAGAUUCAAGUCUUGUAUGAUCGUUGGGACGAGCACAUGUGCGCUGAGUACGCUACUCAUCGUCGUCAGGACCGUUUGCUUCGCAAAUUUAUGGAGCUGGAUACGCCCAAGUUGUUGUCAGGCUGGUCGCAGAUAUUCUUAGAGAAAUUGAGUGUCAGGGAACAAUCCUUGCUCCAAUUUCAACUCGACAUGGCGUUUGGUCUCGACGGAGGCAUCCCUUUGGCGGGACACGCUCUGCGGGGACUUGAUAGUGAUUGGGAUUGGAUCCAAUAUAAGGGUGAAGAUCGAGUUUCAAAACAAGGUAUGCAACACGUCAUGAAGGAACUAUCGGAUGACAUUGUAGCAAAAGGAGGCACGGUCCAAACUGAGCAACGUGUGACACGAAUUCAGUACGCGUCUUCUUCACUGGAGUACAAGGUCACCAUCACGACCGAAUCUGGUACCCAAUACUAUGCCGACGCUUGUAUUGUAGCGUUGCCGCUGGGUGUUCUGAAAGCAUCUUCGUCGGUCCUUUUCGAUCCAGCAUUGCCAAGCCGCAAACAAUCCACUUUGGAUCGUGCGGCUGUCGGAGCUCUGAAUACGGUAGCCGUACGAUGGAAUCGUCCAGUGUGUGCCCGAAACACAACAGCGUAUUAUCUGGUAGGAGACAAGUACCCGCAGAAUCCAUUGAGGAACGGGUAUGUCUGUUCCGGAAAUCUACGUGGUGACGACCCGACCGUCACGCAGUUUUACCUCUCCGAAACUUGUUUCGAUUUUGACGACAUGACAUAUUGGAAGACGCAAGCACUCGAGAUUGUCCAAGAUCUGAUGCCUGGUGAACCAAAACUUGCUUUGGAUGAUAUUUUGGACAUCAAGGUUUCACAAUGGCAUUUGGAUCCGGAUAUUCGUGGAUCCUACUCAGCACCAGCUACGAAUACUCGGGGUAACAUGGAUCGUAAGCGUUUAGCGGAAUCUGUGGACCGAGCUCUAUUCUUUGCUGGUGAACACACACACUAUGAAGGACGCUAUCAAAGUAUUGAUGGAGCCUACGAAACGGGAGUACGAGCUGCUGCCGAAGUUGCGGACGCCCUCGUUGAUCGGUUGCAUCACAGUAGGGAGCGAGGAGUUAACACGGCAGGAUUUUAAUUCUCAAGCGCAUUCAGGCGUCUCGACUUCUUCCGGUCUUCUCGAUUAACCCAUCGUCCUAUAGCUUUCAAGAUUUCAUCGACUAAGAGAAUGGGUGCAGCCCAGGAGAUAACCAGGGCCC